AUGUCAGACCAGCUUCCCAAAAAACGCAGCAAGCGCGGACGUCCUCCAAAGCUUCCAGAGAAAAAAUCAAAACCAGACUCAGAUCUUAGUGAGCUCUCUAAAUCCCAAAAUCCCACCACAAAGCAAGAAAAAGCAAUAGAAAAACCAAAACAUCAAAGUGAUUUGCUAGAAGUUUACAAUAAUUUGCGAGCUUCCUUCUUAAAUACUGGGGUUUCUCAGCAGAGCCAACUUCUAAUUCGAAGGAUUUCCAGCAAUCUGUCAUCGUCUGGUGAAAUCAGUUCCCAGCUUUUAUUCAGGAUUUUAAACGAAGUCCUCCAAGAAUUGACAUUAAACGAGCUCGAAGUCGUGUCUUGAGCCAUUGCGCUUGACCGGUACAACUGAAAAGAAAACACUAUGCCUAUCCAAAACCUGCUGCUAAAUGUAGCUUUUGCGGUUAAAAAUCAAUUAAACGAAGACAUCGCGCCUUAUAAAGCUUAUUUAUCGUCAAAAUCAGCAGAUUAUAUGGAUGAAUAUAGCUCUUGGGCUGAAACAAUCAAGCCUCUGAUGAGCAUCAAUGCCAAAGAUAUCAAUAAUAAAUUCAAAGAACUUGGAAAACUGGUGGGAGUGCCUGGGGAUUCCAAAAUACAGGACUAUAAUUAUUACGUGGAUGAAAUUCUGCAGAUUUCGCAGCCAGCUAUACAAGAUGUGAAGGAUGAAAGUUUAUUGAGCGUCAAGAAAUAUGAAUCAAGCGGGCUGAGGAAGGCUUCUGAUUUCGACUUCGAAUCAAGCACAAACAAUAAUCAUGCAGUUUUACCCAAAGUGGAAGUAAUGCCGACCAAUUUUUUGGAGGGAUGGGAUAAGGCUGAUCCAAGCUUCCAUUCUCCAGCUAUAGUAUCUUGCUCCCCCUCCGUGAUAGAAAAAAAAGCCAUUGGAAAAAUCUCUAAUUUUGGGUAAAAGCACCCAUCCUCCGUAAGGGAAAAAAAAUUAAUAGAAAAAUUUUGAUAUUAGUGAUAAUUAUUAUAUUGAAUUAUAUUUAAUUUUAAACAGUUUGCAUUUUAAAAACAUAAAGAAAUUAAUAUUUAAAAAUCUUUGAGAAUUGGGGUUUUUUAAUUUCAAAAAAAUUACUAUAAAAUAUAUAAACAAAAUUAACCCUUUGUGAGCGAGCAUAUUUUUGUUCCCUCACAGAGGAGGAGCUAGCUAUUUUUUUCUGUAGUUACAAGUUAAUAUAGCAAUUUUACAUCAAAAUUAAUGCGAAUAUAUGAAAAAAAUAGCAAAGAGAGUAGUAAAUCUUAA